CUCUCUAUCUAGAAGCGAUUAUCGGAAAAUUGAGCCUAUGCCGGCGCCCGUCGACCACUGGGCAGUUUCGGGUGUGUGGUGUUGCACGGACGGUGGCGCGCGGAGUUGCAAAGAUUCAGAAGCAGUCAGGAAAACCGGACCGGACGAGUGAUGGUCGAGUGCGCCGUCAGCGGAGUAGAGGGAGACGUUUUGUGGAUGGACUGGGGCUUCUAGGACAGAGGCGUGUACUGGGGUUAAAGGAUCGCUGGUGGACCGCUCCAGUACACUCAGAGGCUCCUGGAGGAGACAGGCACCUGUGUCCAGGCACGGACGAAGGUCAGGUGUCGGGUAGAAGUGGGAGGUAGUGAGCGGCGGCAAGCCAGAUGGUCUAUCUGAAGAGAACUGAUCCAGCCGACACGACGCCAUAGUAACUGCUGGAAGUCCAGGCCGUGAGGCCGCUGCCGGGGGUCGAGGGUGACACGCGCCGUCGACAUGUGGUCCGUCCGAGGCCGGGCCCUGCUGCUGCUGCUGCUGAUGAUGCUGUCUCUGUCGGGGUUGGUGAUGAGCUCCAUCCAGUCCGGAGAAUACUGCGAAGACUUUGAACAUGGAUGGGGAACAUUUUGGAAGCCAAUGAGCAACAGCUCAGGGACUUGGUCAAGCGAAUGGCAACCUAUGAAUUAUGAAGAGAUAAGCGACAAGAAAAACAUUCCUCCUCCACCGAAUGGCAAGGAAAUUUUAUACCUUCAUCCGAAUGACCAAGGGACUUUCAUGGGCGCAGAUAUGAUCACGAACGACGCGUACAUUUUUCCGGAAGGCUCGACUUUGUCUUUCAAUUAUUUGGCUUAUUCUGCGCCAUACGAUGGGCCUGGGCAAAUUGCUAUAAAGCUACGCAUUACAGGCAAGAAUGACACAUCACUGGACACAUUGCCCACGAGGGAGGGACCUGCCUCCUGGAGGACUUUUAGCAUAGAUAUUCCGGCAACUGAGGAGCUGUCGCAGAUUCUGAUACAUGGCGAGAAUUAUCCCAAUGCAACGUCGUAUGCUAUGGCCCUCGACGAUAUCCAGGUGUGCGGCCCAGAGACCAUCCAACCGAGUCAUUACUGCAAAAACAUCGCACCGUGCGACCCGAACAUCACUACAACCGCAAUGACGACUACAACCACCGAGCCUACGACGACUACCACUGAGCUAACUACAACCACUGAGCUAACUACAACCACGGAGCUAACUACGACCACUGAUCUAACUACGACCACCAGUGAGCCAACUACCACCACCAUUGAGCCGACUACGACUACCACCGAGCUUACCACGACCACCACAGAACUAACUACGACCUCAACAACGGAGGCAACCACAACUACGGAGCCAAUCACUACCACAGAGCCAACUACUUCUGCCGAGCCUUCUAGCACCAGCCCGCGGCCGCCUCCACCGCCGCCGCCGCUGCCGCCGACCGCACCGGCGGCGCCGAGUGGCCUGCUGUGGGGUGUCGGCGCCGUGCUGACCACCAGUGUCGCCCUGCUGCUGCUGCUGUCCCUCCUCAGGAGCCCGCGCGUGGCCGCCGCCCGGCGCCGCCGCCCCUGGCUGCGCACCGCCAGCAACGACUACAGCGUGUUCACCGCGAACAGCAGCGGCAGCGCGAGUAUCGAGAGCGCCAGCAGCGCCAGUAGCGGCUGGUACGACUACCUGGUCGGCGACCCGUGGCGAAAACUGGCCACGCGCUUUGGGUGGCUGCGCAGCAUGUGACUCGUCCCCGCACCGGGUGGUGAUCCCUGUGGCGCCGCCCGGGCGAAGUUACCUAGACUCUGGUUGGACUCUGCGGUAGGUAGGAAGGAGUUGAAAGUGACAAUGGGUUCAAAGCUCAGCGCUGUCGCGGCCCUGCGGGUGACACCGGCUAGGACGAUUGAAUGCUUCGAACGACGCGCGUCAGUGUACCUGGAAAACUAUGUGUCUGCCUCAUUAGGUAUACCAUUUUUUUUAAUAUUACCCAACAUUGUCAUGAGUGCAUGUGCUUUCCUAAUCGCUGCUUACGUUAUGUAUGAUCUAUGCAAGAAGUUGAAACUACAUCUAAAAUAGGUCACAUUUCGGUUUAAAGUCAGCGUUAAUUAAGGGCAAGGCUUGAUUACUUGGCUGCUGCCCAACGCCAGCCGCAAUUGCUUUCUUAAGGACGUAUAUGUGAACAUAGGUCAUAGGUGCUGUUCACCAUUCACUGUUCAUGCCAGUGGAAUAUUGUCGGCCUCUUGUGCAAACUGACAUGCUUAGGGAUGUCUUAAAGACACUACUAUCUAAGGGAAAGAUUAUUGUUUGUUGAAACCACGUCAUUCCCAUGCGUAAGAUAUGGUUAGAUAUAAGAGCUAUGAGGAAUGAUUGUAUGAAGCACCGAUAGAGAAAGGCAGCAUAUACUUGUCAUUACUUCGAAACGUAUUGAAUCUCAGUGUGUCGUGCUAUGCUAUUAACUAGUUAGUUAUUUGCACGUUGAUUAGUACAGUUCAAGAUGCGUUUUGUUAGAUUGUUAGUGCAGUUAAAUUGUUUAGUACAGUUGGAUGCGCGGCUAAUUCAAUUGGUGACUGGAAGUGCUGUGAAUGAUGUUGAACAGAAAUAAAAGCUGUUUUUACUCGUA